CAAAACAGAGGGCAAAGUUAGUCAGCAAGUUGCAUAGCUUCUGCAUUCUGGUUCUUCAAGCCUCUUUUGUAUGAAGUUUAGCACAAUGUUUUACACUGUGUUUGACCUGAAUGGCAUGUUGGAGGUAGGAGCUCUCUUCCAAACUACAAAACAGAAAGAGAAAACAAUGAAAGGAGCGGACAAAGCGAUUGUGGCAAAGUCCUUUGGAAAAUGGAAAAGCAGCUCUCUAAGGUCCAGGACCAUGGAGAAGCCGGAUGAGCCUUCUGAGGAGAGUAAGAAGGCGAACCUUUCCAACUGCACCUGUGAAGACCCCCAACUCGCCAAGAAACCAGUUGAUAAUGAAUUACACGAUCACUUCCUGAGAGAAAACAAACUUGAAAACAACAGCCGGGGUGAACGGUGUGGAUCUGGCAUCUUAUCCUUCAGUGCACCCGGAAAACCGCAAACAAAGAUGGAUACUGAAGGUGAGGAGCAAACCUUCAAAACAUGCAACAGUAGCACAGGCCUGGUGGACUGGGCCACUGAAAGCCACAGCCCAUAUGGGUCCGCGGCAAGGAAGAGGAGCGCCCAGGAUGGGGUGCAGGGCGCCCCUGUCAAUAAGCGAAAGUCCCUGCUGAUGAAACCCCGCCACUACAGCCCCAGCGACGCAUGUGAAGAGGAGAGCGAGGACCUGGCACCGCCACAGGACAAAGAAGAGCUGAGGAACAUUGACACUCCAGCAGAUGGAAAUUUUAAAGCAGUGAAUGGAGCGGCUGACAAAAGCAGCUGCCUGGAUUCUGCGUCAAACUCCGUUUUGCUCAGAUGGCCUGAAGUUACAUCUAACGGCUCACCCCAGUGUGAGCUGGGACACCUCUGAGCAUCUAAUGGCGGAGGAGGAUGAGGAGUUCCCUAACAAUGAAGAAGAGGACCAAAGUCAAGACAGGAUGAGCGGCACCUCAUCGCCGCAGAGUCCAUACGGAGACAUGAG